AUGCAUAAUUUGUUGGAAGAACUAGGCAGAAAUAUUGUUGCAGAAAACACAAGCAAAGAUCCCAUAAAGUGGAGAAGGGUGUGGUUCGGCAAACAAUUCUACGAUGUUAGGUUGGAAAAUAUGAAUGUUGAAGCCAUAGUUUUGGAUCAUGAAUAUGAAGAUAUGGAUGCAUUUGAUGAAGAUAUGGAUGCCGUGAUAUUCAAAGACUUUUCAAAUCUUAGAUUCCUCAUCAUCAAGUAUGUGAAAGUAUCGGGAAGCCUCAAUCGUCUUUCUAACGAAUUGAGAUAUAUUGAGUGGAGUGAAUAUCCUUUCAUGUAUUUGCCAUCAAGUUUGUUCUAA